AGUGAGUGAAUUGCUACACUUGGUGGAAAGUCUGACACUCUUACGGUGGCAUGCUUCCUGGCCGCCACAAAUUCAUAGGCAUGUUCUCGCGACCUGCUGAUGCGUAGCCAUUGCUGAAACCACCGUUACAUGAUGCUGACCCUAUCUUGAAGGCUAGAACAACUCAGCUUUCUCACAAAGAGCCCAAUUCCGCGCUUUCUUCUGUAUGUAAUCAUCAAAGAUUGUUGAUUUGGAUGACUGUUAUGCACAUUACGUCCUUUGUUCUUCCCAGACUAUUCCUAUUGUUGUAUGGAGAUCCACUGUCGACCGUAUAGUCAUCCCCACAUCGUGCCCCAACACGUCCCGUCGUAGGGGAUGGUGCUCAAUACGGUGUAACGGCACGGUUGGCACAAUAAGGGCGAUAGCACAAAUAUCCAGCUCCCAUGCUGUUCAGUCAUCAUCUUCGCUGUUGUUAGAUACCACCAUGGCUCAAUUCGACCACCAAUCCUUCCUGCUAGACACUCCGAUUUAUGGUCAAGACGGAUUUCCCGAUAGCACUGCCAACCACAUCAAUUCGCCGAUACCACCUUUGGUCAAUGGUAAUGGCAUAGCACAUUCAACAGGCAACUUGCCGAGGAAUGACGCGCCAACGUCAAGCACUGAUGAAACACCUGCUUCACUGACGAGAUUGUUGAAGCAACUGGUGGAGCUGUAUAUCGAGGCAAGAAAGGAAACCAACGAAGCGAAUGCCAUAUUGCGCGAGGUGAAAACAAUAUCACAGCAACUUCGAGAGGAACUGAGGAGGAGGGAAGAAGAAUCGAGGAGGAGGGAAGAAGAGUGGAGGAAGAGGGAUGAAAUGUGGAGGGGAAGACACGAAAAGUGUGCGAAAGUGAUGGAAGAAGUGUGGAAGUGGACAAAGACGCAGGAGAAUACAAAGAAGCGCACUUUGGAACCGCCACAGAGAGGCAGGCAUCACCCAUUCGAGUCAGAUAUCAGAUCUCGCGACGUGACUUAUUCAUCUCAAAAUCUUGGUCAGUUUGGUCCUACAACAGAGCAGCCGUGGCCUUACGACAAUUACAUGGGAGACCCUCACCCCAUGGGAGCCUUCAGAUAGGACGUAAAAUCUGAACACACAGACACACAGACACAUUGAAGAGCCUUACUAGGGCGUCGCAUACCUUAUCAAUAUUUACAGAAUCUACAGCCAACUGUACGGCACUACAAUAUUAAGUGUGACUCUUUUGCUACAGGUCAUCAUCGUAGUGGUAGUGUACGCACAAUGUUUUUGUAUGUCAACCUUAGUGGUGGAGCAGGUAACGCACAUGAAGCAAGGAGGUUAGUCCAACCAUCAGAUUACUACUCAGGCGAUAUGUACACAAGUAUAUUUGAGCUCCAUAACAGUUCUUAAAUCAUCCGAUUCUUCGCC